AAGGUCUGCUUUGUAUGCAGCAGCAUUGGUUCAGGAAGAAAUGGAAGAGGGUCUGGCUUAUCCUCUACUCCCAGAGUAACCAGUCUGUCGCUCGCCUCGAGUACUUUGAGUUCAAAGAGGGGUCCAGCUUAUCCGAGAAGCAGAUCACAAAAAGAAUAGACAGAAAAGUCAUUCGCAUGAGCGACUGUAUCAGAAUAUAUGAGGUUGUUCCUGAAAACUGGUCAAAGGAUUCAAGCGCCUUUACAGUGGAAACAACCACGAAACUGUACACGUUUUUAACUGAAAAGACGGACUGCAAAGAAUGGAUCCAGAAACUCUCAGAAACUGCUUUUCAGCAUCCAGGAGAGGAUUCUGAUACGGUGGCAAUGAGAAUGAAAGAAAAUGAACUUUACUGUUCGCAUGAAGGAGCAAACGAGUAUAAUGUUUCGAUACGAAGGACAGAUGCUUCAGAGAGAUGUGAACUUAGUGGAAUGUAUCUUUUGAAGACUGGCAAAGAUGCGCUGAUUCUGAAAAGUAUUAUCCCGGAGCAAGUAGUAUAUGAAUGGCCUUAUAUGUUUCUAAGAAGAUUUGGUGGUGACAAGAGAAUGUUUUCAAUUGAAUCUGGAAGAAGGUGUAAAUCUGGUCCAGGCAAGUUUGAAUUUGAAACGACGCAAGGGAAACAGAUUUUCAUGUCUGUAAAUGCUGCUGUAAAGAUGCAAAGGGACAACAAUGAAGAGGAGCGUAGCAAUUCAAAUCCCUUAGAAAGCUACAAUUUAUUCUCUGUGGAGACUGCUACUUCCAAACCAUUUUCAGCUAGCACAUGCUCUCACAAGGAGCAUGCCACUGAACAUAAAUCUGAAUUAUCUAAAAAUGAAUCCUCUGUAAUAUCAGACGUUUCUGAAGGCAUGUAUCACUUGUGUUAUGAAACGUCCCCAGAUAAUCAGACUCGUAGUUUGCUCAGUAAAUCACCAGUCAAGUUUCAGUGCAGUUUCCCAUCAUCACCUCUAUUCGGUAAAGUAAAUUCUAAAUUAUCAGCAGACACAGUUGAGAAUCAGACUACAUUAUAUUCAGAAACGAAUCCAGGAGGUGUUCACGUAACACUCCCUCUGGAAGCACCAAACAGUACUAAAUCCAUAUCAAGACAAAUACGAAGACAGCAAACUAGCUUUACAUCUCACAGAGAGGAUACCUUAUCACACAAAAUCAAUGAACCAUGUUUUAGAUUUCCCAGCAAAAUACAUUCAUUUAACAAUGAACACAAGUCCGUCAAAAAGAGUAUUCCUUCUAUUGUAAUGACUAAGCAUCCAGAAUCUGUUUAUGACACUGUGUACAGUGGAACCAGUAGACCAGAUUGCACAAAUGCAUUUAAUCAGAAUACAAAUCGCAAAAAGAAUGAACAUGUAUAUGAAGUAAAUGAUGAUUCUUUACUUUAUGAUGAAGCAAAAGAAUUAAAUGAAGCAUGGAAAGUGCAAGGCAGACUGAAUGACUGCUUAGGUUAUGAAUAUCCGUACAAUCCUUCUGCUGAUGACUAUGCUGUACCGAAACAGACAAUUAAAGGUGCUCCUCCCAGGCCACCUAAAAAUGUGUCAUCUCUAAAGGGAAGAAUGCAGAAAAAUGAUUACGUCAAUGUGGAAUCAAUUAUUUGCAAUAGGUAUUCAUGCCAGAACUCAUAAUUUGUAAUAACUUGGAAGUAGUCCUGCAUUUUAUUAUACACUUAAGUGGAGUUUAUAUUAA